CCGGCCGGUUUCCGGUGCAGUGGGAGAUUAGCAGUACCCCUACCUGGAGUUGGUUCUUUAUUUCUUCCCACUUUAUACUUUGUUGUUUAAGAUGGGGGAAGCAGAUGUGACGCUGAGCCAGACUGACGAGAAGCCUCCAGACUCGGGACUGGCUUCAGGGGAGGACUCGGUGGUCUGGAGCCACGAGGUGGAGGUGUGUUUGUUCCACGCAAUGAUUGGACAUAAACCCGUCGGAGUGAACCGUCACUUUCACAUGAUCUGCAUCAGAGACAAGUUCAGUCAGAACAUCGGCCGGCAGGUCUCAUCCUCCGUCAUCUGGGACCACCUUGGAACCAUGUACGACAUGCAGGCCCUGCAUGAAUCAGAGAUCCUGCCAUUCCCGAACACGGAGAAGAGCUUCUCUCUGCCUGUCGACAUCAUCCAGGAAGUUAAAGAAGGGAAGCUGGGCUCAGAGGAGGAGACCAAGGAGGAGUUCAGGAUGGAGAGAGAUCCUCCAGCAACGCAUGAAGAAGGAAGUAACUCCUCUGUGAAGAUGUCGGAGCGAACGAGCAGCAGUCGGGACAAAGAGAGGGAGCGAGAGAAGGAGAAGGUGGGGAGUGAAGGAGCAGCGGGAGGAGGAGGUGGUAGUGGAGGAGGAGGAGGCGGCGGAGGCAAGGAGGCAGAGAAGAGGAAGAGGAGCCGAGCAGCUGAGAAGCUGCUAUCUUCUUCCAACCCAGCAAGUCCAGGAGGAGCCAAGAGGAGGCGCACUUGAAGGCUGGACAGCAGGAGGUGACCAUACCGGCCGCCAUGUCAUGUGACGUCUGCGGCUCCUCUGAUUGGCUGCCUCACACCUGCCACUCAUCCUGUGACAGCAGCAGGAAGUGACGCCUGGAUGAGGAUGCAGCUGCUGACCACAGUUUGUGUUUGUCUUCCUGUUUGUGUUGUGUGAUCGUCGACUGUAGUCCUGAGUUUUGCCUGUCAGGCUGAUACAAGUCACCCUGAGUCUAAACAUCUUUGGUCCCCCUGCAUGUCGUCUCAUACUGUUGGAUCCUGAGACGUCAGUAAUCUUUUUUUACUUUGUUUCUUGUUGAAACUGAUGAACACAGGAACCUGGAGAACGUGAUGAUUUCCAUCAUUUUGCUCAUAGAUCUGUAGCAUUUAGGAUCAGCUUCUCAGUCUGCUGCAUGCUUCCAUCCUAUAACCCAGUCCAGCUGAAGCUGUUUGGAUAAAAUAAGCAACUUUAACACCAUCAGACCUGUUUUGGUUGCAUCUGCUUAUUUUAUUAAAUGUUUCAGUAACAAAUAUCCAAUUACAAACCAAACCUAAACAGCACCACUCUCAAACCGCCCAUCACAGAACCCAGGUGUCAGUCGCUGCGUUUUAGACCUGUCAGGCAAAACAAAGGGAAAAGCCUUAUUUCUGGUUGUUUGUGAAUCCAUUGGAGUUUUUCUUGCUUCCUCUGAUGUUAAACAAGUGGUGCAGUGCAUUAUGGGUCAGCAGCAGCAGAACAACGGACGAACGCUGGACGCAUUCCUGUUUGUGAACGGAGACGUCAACAUUCCAGCUUUUUGUUUGACACCUUCAGCUUUUAUUUUUUCCUGUUUUCCUGCAGGUUGAGUUCUGAAUCAGAUGGUUUUAUGUUCAGAAAAUCGUUAAAUCUUUGUCAGCUCCAGCUGAUGUCCUUAAAAAGAAGGUCAAAGUCCACGUUUGAUCAGAGCCAUGACUGUUUGGUCCAGAAGCUCUGUGAUUUUCAGGUUUUUUACGAGAUACGAAGCGUUUGCCUGGUUGGCUUUUGGAGACCAGAGACCAACGCUCGGCUCAUGUCAAAGUCCGACCAGGAAUGUUGAACGUUUCUCCGAUGAAGUUUCCUUGUCUUAGAACAAACUGCAGUAAAUCAGUUUCUGGAAUAUUCAGUCGGUUCAUUCAUGUGUGACAUUUAUUCUCUUUUCUUUUUGUUAUAUGAAGUUAAAGUUUUCCCUUUAACUUUUUUUAGUAAUGUCUUAAUUUAUUGAUGAUGAUGAUGGGCUGAUGUUUGAGGCUGUUUGUGACAUUAAAGAUGACCUCAGAUCA